AUGAUCAACUUCAAAAAUACUAAAUAUACUUGGAGUUCAAGAGAUAUUCAGCCUAUGCACACUGAUUGGCAUAACCCACAGCGUCCUGACCAGUAUAGUGAUAAAAAUCCCAUUGAUUACUUUGAUUGCAUGUUUGACGAUGUGGUUUUGAAUAUUCUUGUGGAAUUUACUAACUUAUAUGCUACAAAGAAUAAUAAAGAAGGUAAUGUGACAGCAAGGAAGAUGAAAUGUUUUUUGGGAAUACUGUUGUAUAGUGGAUACGUGGUUGUUCCUAGACAAAGUAUGUACUGGGAAAAUGCUUCAGACUGCAGUGUACCAUUUGUCUCAUCAGCUAUGGCAAGCGAUAGGUUUAAUUUUAUAGUAUCCCAUUUACAUUUUUGCAACAACUCGCAACUCAAUGAGAGAGACAAAUUUGCGAAGUUAAAACCUCUCUUUGAUGUGCUAAACUCGAAUUUUUUUAAGCAUGCUCCUUUACAUGAGUGUCACAGUAUCGACGAAGCUAUGGUCCCAUAUUACGGUGGGCAUCCAUGUAAACAGUUUAUAAUAUGCAAAUCCAUUAGAUGGGGCUAUAUGUUCUGGGUUGGAGCGACGUGUUUGGGCUACUUUUUAUGGUUUCAACCGUAUCAAGAACAAGGAUGCACCGAUACAAAAUACAAAAGUCUCGAAUUGGGUGUCAGUGUUGUAUUGCAGUAUGCUGAUGAGCUUCGUAAGAUAAAUGCAGAAGUUCCAUUCCAUCUGUUCUUCGACAACUUUUUUACAUCUAUCCCACUUAUAGAUGAACUUCGGACGCGCGGUCUGAAAGCUACACGCACCGUAAGAGAGAAUAGAGUGUACCAAAAUGCCCAUUGCCCACUAACAUUAAAAUCAAAAAAAAAAAUAACCGUGGGACGUACAAAUACAAAUCUACAAGAGCUGAAGAAAUUGUCGUCUGUAAGUGGAAUGAUAAUAGUGUAG